GAGCGGCUCGCGAUGGGUCUUCCAGGGAAGCCUGCCAUGAGCCGCGUCUCCGCGGGGGAGGCCGCGGGGAUGAGGAGGAGAGCGCUGUAAACUUGGAGCAACUUUGGGACUCUCUGCCCUCCGCGCUGUGCCAUGUGGAUGUGCGCGAGAUGGGGGAAUUCGGACGCGGGCUCCGGGCGGGCGCGCGGCGCGGGCGGCGCUCGGCGGCUCCAUGAGCGCGGUACGGAGGCGGCGCGGCCCCGCUCGGCCCCGCGGCGCGGCGCGGUGGGUUUGUGUGAUUUUGCUAAAAUGCAUCACCAACAGCGAAUGGCUGCCUUAGGGACGGACAAAGAACUGAGUGAUUUACUGGAUUUCAGUGCGAUGUUUUCACCUCCCGUGAGCAGUGGCAAAAAUGGACCAACUUCCUUGGCGAGUGGACAUUUUACUGGCUCAAAUGUAGAAGACAGAACUAGCUCAGGGUCCUGGGGGAAUGCAGGACAUCCUAGUCCAUCCAGGAACUAUGGAGAUGGGACUCACUAUGAUCAUAUGGCGAGCAGAGACCUGGGGUCACAUGACAAUCUCUCUCCUCCAUUUGUCAAUUCCAGAAUACAAAGUAAAACAGAAAGGGGAUCAUACUCAUCAUACGGAAGAGACUCGAAUUUGCAGGGUUGCCACCAGCAAAGUCUCCUGGGCGGGGAGAUGGACAUCGGCAACCCCGGGGCGCUGUCCCCCAGCAAGCCGGGCUCCCAGUACUACCAGUACUCCAGCAAUAACCCGCGCCGCCGGCCGCUGCACAGCACCUCCAUGGAAGUUCAGACGAAGAAAGUUCGGAAGGUUCCUCCGGGUUUGCCGUCCUCAGUGUAUGCCCCGUCAGCCAGCACUGCCGACUACAACCGCGACUCCCCCGGUUACCCGGCCUCCAAACCAGCAGCCAGCACUUUCCCCAGCUCCUUCUUCAUGCAAGAUGGGCACCACAGCGGAGACCCGUGGAGCUCCUCCAGCGGGAUGAACCAAUCGGGUUACGGGGGGAUGCUGGGCAACUCCUCGCACCUCCCCCAGUCCGGCAGCUACUGCAGUCUGCACCCCCACGACCGCCUGAGUUACCCAUCCCACUCCUCAGCCGACAUCAACUCCAGUCUUCCUCCGAUGUCCACCUUCCACCGCAGCGGCACCAAUCACUACAGCGCGUCGUCCUGCACCCCUCCAGCCAAUGGGACGGAAGGCAUCAUGGCCACCAGAGGAAGCGGGGCGGCCGGCAGCUCGCAGACCGGCGACGCGUUGGGGAAAGCACUCGCAUCUAUCUAUUCUCCAGAUCACACCAACACCAGCUUCCCAUCCAACCCUUCAACUCCUGUCGGUUCUCCCCCUUCUCUCUCAGCAGGCACAGCUGUUUGGUCUAGAAAUGGAGGUCAAGCGUCAUCAUCUCCCAAUUAUGAAGGUCCCUUACACUCUUUGCAGAGCCGCAUCGAGGACCGCUUGGAGAGGUUGGACGACGCCAUCCACGUGCUGAGGAACCACGCGGUCGGAGCCGGGACGGCCAUCGGGGGUGGCCACGGGGAUAUGCACGGCUUGAUAGGAGCUGCUCACAACGGGGCCAUGGCGGGCUUGGGGUCCGGCUACGGGACCGGGUUGCUGUCGGCCAACAGGCAUUCGUUGAUGGUCGGUGCUCACCGCGAGGACGGCGUCGGGCUGCGCUCUGCUCACUCUCUGGUGCCCAAUCAGGUUGCGGUGCCGCAGCUCCCCGUGCAAUCGGCCACGUCCCCGGAGCUCAACCCGAGCCAGGAUCCUUAUAGGGGCCUGGCGGCGGGUUUGCAAGGGCAGAGCGUGUCGUCGGGCAGCUCGGAGCUGAAGUCGGACGACGAAGGCGACGAGAACGCGCAGGAGGCCAAAUGCGGCGACGACAAGAAGCUGGACGAGGACAAGAAGGAGCUCAAGUCAAUUACGAGGUCAAGGUCUAGCAAUAACGACGACGAGGAUCUGACCCCGGAGCAAAAAGCCGAGAGGGAGAAAGAGAGGCGGAUGGCCAACAACGCCCGCGAGAGGCUGAGGGUGAGGGACAUCAACGAGGCCUUCAAGGAGUUGGGGCGGAUGGUGCAGCUGCACCUGAAGAGCGACAAACCGCAGACGAAGCUGCUCAUCUUGCACCAGGCCGUGGCGGUGAUCCUGAGCUUGGAGCAGCAAGUGAGAGGUGAGGGGGGGGGAUGGGGCUUCGUUUUGUCUUAG